UCGGGCACGCAUGUGAACCGCCGAUCAAUUGCAAAGUUUAACCAUCAUAGUGUGAAAUACAGUUUUACUGCCGCUGUUUUUCGAAGUAAUAAUUCCCUAAAUGUCGAUGCAGAGUUGCAGUGAAACGAUAAAGACAAGACAGAUGCGUGCUGUGUUUUACUCUGAAACCUGAAGGUUGAUUUGAUUAUUUUUUUUAAAGCAGUUGCGUGUACUGUUCACGUGAACGGGGCAUGUUGAAUUUGAAGGAAUCCUGGUUGCUCGCUUUGCAAAAAGAGCAGUGACAGCCAUGACUAGCGGAGAAGCUGAAGAACUGGAAAAGCCUCUCGCUUCAUUUAAGUCUCAUGUAUGGGAGCAUUUUGGCUUCCCUGUCAAAUAUGAUGACGGAAGAAGGGUGGUGGACAACAUCAUCACGGUGUGUAGGCAUUGUGCCACAAGAAAGCCGUAUGAUCAUGGAAAUUCAUCGAGCAUGGCCACACAUUUAAAGCGUCAUCACCCUGGUGUGUCAAUGACGGGAGCCAACUCAGCCAAGAGACAACAACUUCUCACUUCGAUAUUUAAGCAGCCCUUUGCUGCAGAAUCAGACCGGACUAAAGCCAUCACCAAAUCUAUUGAGAUGUUUAUCGCUGCAGACAUGAGACCAUAUUAUGUUGUGUAAAACAGCACUUUUAAAAUACGGUGAAAGGGCUUGAGCCAAGCUAGGAAAUCCCCUGGCGCACCCACUUCAGUAUGAAGAUCGUGCCAGAUCUUUAUGAACAGGAAAAUAUCCGAAUUGAGCACUGAAACUGCACCGUCUGUGUCUAUGAUCCUAACCUCUGAAAACAAGGAUUCUACAAUCCAUGGCCCCAAGUGAGGAAGACAGCACCAUCACUAGAGAUGUCAAGGCUGCCAUUAGAGAGGACCUGAACCCCAGAUACCCCCCUAAUGUACAGGACUACCUUCAUAGAUCUACUGCACUGUAUCCAAGGUUCAAGUCCCUGUCUCACCUAGACCCUGCCCUACGCUGGAAAACAUACAGUGAGCUCACCACUGAGAUUGUGGCCACUGAAGAGGGUCAAGCCACAGAGCCGACAGGAGCAGACUCAGAGGCAUCUACUCCACAAAAUAAUUUGGCCAUGAAGGAGCUUUUCGGGGAAACCUUUAUGAGCAAGGACACAGGCAAGACGUUUGCCAACAGUAUCAAAGAGGAGGUGGCAUCCUACAAGGCAGCAAGCAGCAUUCCAGUGGAUGGUGCUCCACUGGCACGGUGGAAAAGCAAUGAGUGUAAAUACCCUCACAUUGCCAUGAUGGCAAGAUGCUACCUGGCUGUGCCUGGCACUUCCGCCCCUAGCGAGAGGGUGUUCUCCACGGCAGGGGACAUAGUGACUGCAAAGAGGUCUACCCUCUCCCCAGACUAUGUAGACAUUCUCAUCUUUUUGAAAAAUUAUUUGAAGUUAUAAACUCAGGUCUGCUUUGCUUUCUGUCUUUACUUUUUUUUGAUGACGUGGAC